AUGAUUACAACCCUAAUUACCCACAUCAUUAACCCCCUUACAUAUAUUGUGCCCGUUCUCCUAGCAGUUGCCUUUCUAACCCUUCUUGAACGUAAAGUCUUAGGCUACAUACAACUUCGCAAAGGGCCCAAUAUCGUUGGCCCUUAUGGCCUUCUUCAGCCCAUUGCUGAUGGUGUUAAACUAUUCAUUAAGGAACCCAUCCGACCAUCCACCUCUUCCCCCCUCCUCUUCUUAUUUACUCCAAUACUGGCCCUAACCCUUGCCCUAACCCUCUGAGCCCCUAUACCUAUCCCCUACCCUGUAGCUGACCUAAACCUAGGGAUUUUAUUUAUCCUAGCCCUGUCUAGCCUGGCCGUCUACUCCAUCCUUGGGUCCGGCUGAGCCUCAAACUCCAAAUAUGCAUUAAUUGGAGCAUUACGAGCCGUAGCCCAAACCAUCUCCUACGAAGUAAGCCUUGGCCUAAUCCUACUAACAGUAAUCCUUUUUGUUGGGGGAUUUACACUUCAAACAUUCAACAUUGCACAAGAAGGUAUAUGACUACUCGCACCAGCCUGACCCCUUGCAGCCAUAUGAUACAUCUCAACCCUUGCCGAAACAAACCGCGCCCCUUUUGAUCUAACAGAAGGAGAGUCCGAACUUGUCUCAGGCUUCAAUGUAGAAUAUGCCGGAGGCCCUUUUGCCCUCUUCUUCCUUGCCGAAUACGCCAACAUUCUCCUCAUGAAUACUCUUUCUACUAUCCUCUUUCUAGGAGCCACACACAUCCCAUCCUUUCCUUUAGCAACAACAACAAACUUAAUAAUUAAAGCAGCCCUCCUCUCCGUACUAUUCUUAUGAGUUCGAGCCUCCUACCCCCGAUUCCGAUACGAUCAACUCAUACACCUCGUUUGAAAAAACUUUCUCCCUCUCACACUAGCUUUCGUACUAUGACACCUUGCUAUCCCCACCGCCUUCAUAGGCCUUCCCCCUCAGCUAUAG